CACUCGUCGGCAGGGGAAGCGCGAGCCGUUGGGGCGGGCGGAAGCAGCAACCUGCGCUGAGGUGCCGGCGCCGCUGGAUGACGCAAGCCUACGCAGCGCCUAGGAUGACGUCACGCAGACGACGACUCUGCGCCUGUCAACCCCCGGCUCGUUGCAGAGGAGAAGCGGGCGCCAUGGCGGUUCUGCUGGAGACCACUUUGGGCGACGUCGUCAUCGACCUGUACACGGAGGAGCGGCCGCGCGCCUGCUUGAAUUUCCUGAAGUUGUGCAAAAUAAAAUAUUACAAUUAUUGCCUCAUUCACAGUGUACAGAGGGAUUUUAUCAUACAAACUGGUGAUCCUACAGGGACCGGCCGCGGAGGAGAGUCUAUUUUUGGUCAGCUGUAUGGUGAUCAAGCAAGCUUUUUUGAGGCAGAGAAAGUACCACGAAUUAAACACAAGAAGAAAGGUACCGUGUCCAUGGUGAACAAUGGCAGUGAUCAGCAUGGAUCUCAGGUUAGGAAACGGUUUCUCAUUACUACUGGAGAAAAUCUGGAUUAUCUUGAUGGUGUUCAUACAGUGUUUGGUGAGGUGACAGAAGGCAUGGACAUAAUUAAGAAAAUUAAUGAGACCUUUGUUGACAAGGACUUUGUACCAUAUCAGGAUAUCAGGAUAAAUCAUACAGUGAUUUUAGAUGAUCCAUUUGAUGAUCCUCCUGAUUUAUUAAUUCCUGAUCGAUCACCAGAACCCACGAGGGAACAGUUAGAUAGUGGUCGAAUAGGAGCAGAUGAAGAAAUUGAUGAUUUCAAAGGAAGAUCAGCUGAAGAAGUAGAAGAAAUAAAGGCAGAAAAAGAGGCUAAAACUCAAGCUAUUCUUUUAGAGAUGGUGGGAGACCUACCUGAUGCUGAUAUUAAACCACCAGAAAAUGUGUUGUUUGUGUGUAAAUUGAAUCCAGUGACCACAGAUGAGGAUCUGGAAAUAAUAUUCUCAAGAUUUGGGCCAAUAAGAAGUUGUGAAGUUAUUCGAGAUUGGAAGACAGGAGAAUCCCUCUGUUAUGCUUUUAUUGAAUUUGAGAAGGAAGAAGAUUGUGAGAAAGCAUUCUUCAAAAUGGACAAUGUACUUAUAGAUGACAGAAGAAUACACGUGGAUUUUAGUCAGUCUGUUGCAAAGGUUAAAUGGAAAGGAAAAGGUGGAAAGUACACCAAGAGUGAUUUCAAGGAGUAUGAAAAGGAACAAAAUAAACCGUCUAAUUUGGUUCUGAAAGAUAAAGUAAAGCCCAAACAGGACGCAAAAUACGAUCUGGUGCUGGAUGAUCCGGCAGAGGACUCCAAGUCAGGUCACUCACACACGAGUAAAAAGCACAAGAAGAAAACCCGUCACUGUGCUGAAGAAAAGGAAGACGAGGACUGCAUGCCGAUCAGAAACACCAAUCAGGACAUCUACAGGGAGAUGGGAUUUGGUCACUACGAAGAAGGGAGCUGCUGGGAGAAGCAAAAGAGUGAGAAGCGAGACCGACCACAAAACCGAAGUCGUAGCCGAUCUCGGGACAGGGAUGGCCACUACAGUAAUAGCCACAAAUCCAAAUACCAGACAGAUUCUUACGAGAGAGAAAGGAGUAAGAGGAGAGACCGGAGCAGAAGUCCAAAGAAAUCCAAAGAUAAAGACAAAUCUAAGUACAGAUGAAGAAUGAGAAGCGAGUGUCUGACACGGUUACGCAGUCUGAGUCAGAGGACUAGGAGAGCGGGUGUUCAGAUUUCGUGUAAAACCAUUAAAGACUUAUUUUUUCUCAUAUUAGUAUUAUGGCCCUUUUAGAUUAAUAUUGAUCAUAUAGGGCAUUGAUAGAUAAUAAAGAACUGAACUUUUUCUUUAUAUACUUUUUUUAUACUGAUUUUAUUAUACAUAAACGGCAGUUUCAUUUUUAAAGUCUUUCACAUAUUCACUCUUCCUUUUUUAAUGAAGUAUUUCAUACUACAGAAAUACAUAAAUGUAUAUAUAAGGUAUAAGGAAUAACAAAUAUAAAUAUCUAUGUACACAUUAAGAAACUUAAGCAGAAUAUUACCUAUAAUUUGGAAGUUCCUUAUAUGCCCUUUCACUCUCAAAUAAUUAUUAUUCUGAAUUUUGUGUUCAUCAUUUUCUUGCUCAUUAUUAUAGUUUUACAACAUAUGUAUGUACCCCUAAAUGAAAUGUUAAUUUUGUAUAUUUUUGAAUUUUAUAUAAAUGGCAUAAUGUAUGUU